AUGAAAAAUGAGAAUGGAAAUAUAAGAACAGAACAAGGAAACAUCAAGAGAUGGGAACAGUAUUUCUCUAAAAUACUGAACGAGGAAAAUGAACGGCUGAUCAGAGGUGAUGGAGACGCUAACCAAGGUGCAGUCUUGAAAAUAUCAAGGAUAGAGGUGCAACAGGCGCUGAAGAUGAAAAACGGGAAGGUCACGGGACCAGACGGCAUUCCCAUAGAAGCCUGGAAAGCGAUGGGAGAGGAAGGAAUUGACAUGUUAUGGAUGCUGAUGGGGAAAGUGAUGGGUGAGGAGAAUAUGCCUACAGUAUGGAAAGAAAGUAUAUUAAUACCAAUUUUCAAAGAGAAAGGAGAUGUCCAAAAUUGUGAAAAUUAUAGAGGAAUGACAGAUGGGGUUGAGGUUAAGGUUGGUUUGCACCAAGGAUCGGCCCUCAGCCCAAAACUGUUCAAUGUGAUUAUGGAUGUGAUGACAGAGGAAGUGCGUGAAGAGCCACCAUUGUGCAUACUGUAUGCCGAUGACAUCGUGUUGGUGGCGGAGACGAAGCAGGAGCUACAGAGGAAGAUGGAAGGAUGGAGAACUGCAUUGGAGAGUAGAGGGGCUGAAGAUAAGCAUGAAAAAGACGGAGUAUUUCACAACGGACACAGAAGGAGAUCAACAGUCAACGAUACAAAUAGAUGGAUUGAACCUGAAGAGAGUGGACCACUUUAA